CCAAGCCGGGCAAGCCAGAACGACGGCGGCGAGCACGCACGAGACUUGUCGACUCGAGAAGUGGUGGCGGAGAAGCACGUGUGUGCAGCGCGCACGAGGAACGAACAGAAGCAGAAGCAGAAGAGAGAGAGUUCUGCCUAGUGAGAGUCUUCGCAGUUGACGCUGGAGUGAGUGAGUGUGUGGUGAAGAACGGAACAGAAGUAGAGGAAGCUAGAGAGGGUGAAGGAGAGAGUCCUUCCGCGUGUAUCGAGUAGGCAGACUAAUACAAGCGCAAGGGGAAGAUACACAGUCCGACAAUACACACAGAGAAGAGGAAGAGCAGCCAGAAGAGGGUUCCCGUUGCGUUGUGCCGGCGACGCAACAAGAGGAAGAGUUGGUGUGUGGCAGAAGCGUUCAGGGAGUCGACAGGCUCGGGCCGAGUUUCGCUUUUGGCAGUGUGUUUUGUGGCGCUGGCCAGGAAGGAAGUGUUGACGACGAGUGUUGCGAAACCGAACAGAAGCGUCGACUGUGUGACUGGAAAGCAAGCAAGUGAGCGCGCGAGAGUGUGUUCUACCCGGAGGAGGUCAAGCGCGCGAGCGGAGUACUAGUUUAGUAUACCAUACCGUAUAGCUGUGUACACACAGGCUUGGACAGAAAGUGAAAAUAGGCCUGUCUGGCCGCGUUACCUCCAGCCUCCUGGCCUCUGCACACCGUUUGCCGACUCUUGGAGUGCGGACCCAAGUGUGAAGAAAAGAGCCUUUUCGUGAAAAAUUAACGUGACGUUUUGUGUUUACCGCGACGAUUACGGAAGACUCGAGCUGAAUCAAGCCCCAAUGCCAAAGUGUUUUGUGAGAUAGCGAUUUUUGUCGACUUUUUUCGGUUCAGUUUUUUCCUGUGCAACCGUUCUCUAUGUGUGUAACUUUUGUUUUGCUGUGUGGCAAACCACAAGACGACGUUCUCAGGGAAUCUCCAGCGUAGAGAAAUCGACCGCGUCGAGACUACUGCUAUUGCAGGAAUUUCAAACCCGAAAAACAACUCAGUGAAUGCGCUGUAGUGAGUGAGUGAGUGCAUGGAAUCCGAAAAAAAUAAGGGAGAAAAAAAACUCGUAGUAGGGAGUAGAAACUGGGCCAAGUGUACUUGAACUACGAACGGGAAGUUUUUGAUCCUGGUGAAGUACGAGAAGGAGCGAACGAACGACGAGAUGAGCAGGAUGAGUUGCAGCCGAAUUAGUGUUCGAGAAGUGUUGCGAGCAAGUGACUGACAAUAAAACUGUGAAGCAAUUAGUGUUUUGUGAGAGUGUGUGACUUAAAAACUUAGACUUCCCACCUAUUUUCAUUCAGAGAGCUUCUUCUCUGUGUAUCUUUCUAAAAAUCCAAGUGUCCAGCUUUCGGGCGGACCGCAACCAGGUUACGAAAAUAGAUACGUUAACGUUACACCCGUACCAUCCGCUGCUCCUGAUGGCGCCUCGACGAGGAACACUGGGACCGGUGGCACCGCCCUCGACGGCGAACACCACCGGAACAACCCUGGACCUGUUUGGGACUCUCGGUGGCGGAGGUGACUCUGACCACGGCUUCGAGAGCUCCCUCUCGGCCGAUGGUUCCGGAAGUGAGGGAACCGGCCCCAUCACAUGCAUGACCCGAUGCUGCGUCCCAACCGGGGACUGCCUCAAAGCAUCUCCGCUGGACUUUGGCGCCAUAAAUCCCGAAGAUCUACGCGAUUGCGUCCGGGUGAUCUGCAACAAUGACAACUGCACCGCCGGUCAGUUUAUGCACCGCGAGUGCUUCGAGCACUGGGAAGAGGGCGUUUUGAACUACCUCAAAUCGAUCGGGCGGGCACGGUCCUGGUCGGACAAGCAGCGCCAGCAGAACCUCUGGACCAAAAAGGGCUACGACCUGGUCUUCAAGGCCUGCACCUGCAAGUGCGCCCGUGGCCAUCUCCGCAAGGACCUCGACUGGAUCCCCCCGACCUCGUCCUCCCUCUUCGCGUCGUCUCGCCUCGACGACGACUCAACCAAGAAGAAGAAAAAGAAGAACCGCCAGAACCAGAAACCCUCGCUGGCCAUCUCCACCAGCCCCGGCUCGAUCUCGAGCAGUUCCUCCAACAGCCCGAACUCCCAGCUCAACCACCACAGCAAUCACCCCCUGCUGAACCCCCUGAAACUGGCGGACCACUUUGCUACCUCACUGAUCCUGAACACCACAGCCACCCCCACAUCCGGAUCGGCCCGGAACCGUACCAACAGUCUGUCCUCGUCGAGCAACGGGUCGAGCACGCCGCCGGCCAGUUCGACCGGAUGUUCCGGUGGGGCGAGCGACUGCCAGAGCAUCUCGCCGGUGCACACGUCCGGAGGUUGCCUGGGGCUGGGUGGCGUGUCGGUGGCGGCCACGGCCGCGGCCCUGGCCAAGAUGCCGCUGACGCCCAAGACCAAGGUCGAGAUCUACUCGGAGCGAGUUAGGGCGACAUCUGGCGCCAACGGAAUCUUUUCCCGCCGACUGGACUUUUCCUCGUUCAACAUGCUGCCCCGGCAACGAGUAAACUCCUAUUCAAUCAAGAUCGAGGACGAGGGCAACCACGGCAACGACGAGACGCGCCUCUUCAUCCUGUCGUCGCUGGCCGCGCAGCACAAGAGCCGGGUCGCGUGCGUCCUGUGCGAGGAACCGAUGCUAGUCUUUGACCGCUACCCGCUAGUCGACGGAACGUUCUUCCUCAGCCCGAAGCAGCACGCCAAGGGUUGCAUCGAGGUGAAAUACGAGAAUCGUGUCCAAUAUCUGACGUCGGUUUGCAUGGCGUGUCUGGACGGUAUCGAGCCGAACCGGGUCGUGCGAUGCAGAUUCUGCGCCCAAAAGUGGGACGGCUCGUCGCUGGUCCUCGGUACGAUGUACUCGUACGACAUCUUCGCCGCGAUGCCCUGCUGCACCGAACGGCUAAAGUGCAACAACUGCUUCAAGCUGCUGCUGCACCCGCACCAGCGGCUCAACUUCUACAGCGACUACAGCCACAGCGUGUCCUGCCCGUACUGUCACGCCCAGGACACGCACUUUGUGAAGCCGCUCGGCUACUGCUACACCAAGCAGCCGAUGCAGCUGUUCCAGCACCUGGCCGCGGAGGAAACUCCGUCCCCGCCACCGUUGGCCACUGCGUCGACCUCGACGUCGACGUCGGCGACGAUGGCCGCGAUGAACUCGUUCAUCCAGGAGCUGCGCAACCUGAGCAGCACCAGCAGUGCCAGCAGCAUCGACUCGGGCUUCACCGGGGACUCCAACGUGGGCAGUGGCCGGGCCACUGCCAACCAACAGCCGCAGGCGCAGUCCCAGCAACAGCUGGGCGGCGCCAUCUGGGGCAACAAGUCACUCUGGGGUGGACCACCGCAAAGUCCACCUGCCAAGUCAUCGCCGGAAUCCGCCACAGGUAGUUAUGCUAGCAAAGAUUCCCCUCCACCUCCUCCGACGGGUUCCAAUCCGUGGGCCACGGCGGUCCUCGAUCCGUCCCAGCCGCAGCAGCCCCAAUCGCCCAGCUUUUCGCCAAGCAUUUGGGAAAACUCCACUCCAAAGGCCGCUUCCGCCGCAGCCACCGAGCAGCCGUCCGGAGCGUCGCCACUCGGCUCGAUCUGGAUGAUUCCGGAGCAGCCGGAACCGUCUGCACGCAGCGUCUGGGGUGAGUCCACAAAGCUACUCCGACCGAUGGAGGUCGGCAGCGGUAGUAAGUUGAGUUCGCUUUGGACGCCGAACGCAGCCACGGCACCACCGGCUGCGUCUGGGCCGAACGUUCUGAAAUCGCUGCGAUUGGCGGGAACGGUCGGCGCCGGAUCCGGAUCCAGCUCCAGCUUCGGGCUCGGGGGUCUCACAACGACCCCCGCGACCCAGCAGCUCUUCUCGGACGAGUUUCUCAGUUAUCUUAAUAUCAACAAUUAGAGCAAUUUUUAAACCUUGUUAUUUAGUUCGAUUGCGUUUUUAUUAUUUUCCGCGUUUAUUUUUGCUAUUAGUUUUCAAUUUAUUAUUUUUUGAACGUUUAAAGUAUAUAAAAAUAUAUUUUUUCGGUUACUCGUUUACACUAUAUGUAUUCGCAAAGGUGUUUUUUUUAUUGAAUUCGGAUAUUGCCGUGUUGUGUAGAUGUAUUUUUUGAAACACUGAAAAAAUUACCCCCUAAGACACACUCUUAAAAAUGUAUAUCGUAAAAAAGCAAAGCAAAAUCUCGCGAGUAAGGCAUUAACUUAAGAAAACCAAAUCAACGCUAUCUUAAAAAAAAACUCAACAAAACAAACAAAAUUUAACUUAGUGUAUCUUAACACAAAUGCUCUUUCGGUUGACACUUGCGUACACGCCAAACUUCAACUAGGCAAAACCCAAAAACAAAAUUCGGUUCGAUUCAUCGCUGUGUGUGUAAAGCUUACAACCGGGUGCGAGCGCGCACGAACGCGCUGACAUCUAUAUCACCGGCGGUUCGUGCGUUUCGCCGAGGUUAGGAAUUGCGUAUCGACAAAUGCAUUACAAUCAAUCGCGUCAAGCUGCGCGAAGCGGUUAAAAAAAUUGGAGGUAUAAUUCAGGUAUUCUUCGUUUAGGCUUAAGCGUGCAUUUUUGACAGAUGAUGCAAACAAAUGAAAAUAAAAUUAUUGAAUACUAUUAACCCAUUAGAAGUUUAUAAGUAGACACGAGACAACAAACUAAAUUUGACGGACGACUGAUACUUACACAAAACAAAAACAUUACAUACCCAAUUAUUAGAGAUAUUUGAGAGAGAAAACAAAAAAAUAAAACCCUGUACAUAUAGGCACAGAUGCAAAAGUGAACGAUUAGCAAGCAAUAUUUAUGAGUGUGGUACGAACGAGCGAGAGAGAUGGAAUGAUUUUUUUCCUCCGUGUGCGAUGACAGCGACAGAGAGAGAGAGAGCAUGCGAAAACAAGCAAACACGAUACAUUUAUUUCAUGUAAUUUUUCUCGAAUUUUCACACGCAAAAGCGUGGCAAGUGGGUGAACGUGAAGUUAAAAACAAACAAAAAGCGUCUUGUGAUUACAUUUUUUGGGCUAAAACCUAGGACUGUGCGUGUGCUUGUACGAGAACGGGGCGUUCGGACGGGUUUCAAAAACUCGCGACGCCAUUUUUAAGUUCUUUUUUUCUCGGCGUGUCUAACAGAGAAAACGAAAAGGCUAGAGAGUAAACAAAAAGUAUUUUUCGGUAUCUUAUUUUUCGUCGAUAUACAUUGGAAACGAAGCGUUUUACAUGGCGGAAACAAAUUAAGGCAAAAAAAACUAACUUUUGGAUGAACUUUUACCUUGGUUUCGGAACGGAAACGAAAAAAUCAACUGCACAAACAAAAUUGUACUGCAAAGCACACGUAAAUUAGAACGAGAAAAAACAAGCGGUGGAAAUGGGAAAAAUUUGUCAAAAUUGGCCCCCACGGAACGAGUGUGCGAAAGCCGUCAAUGUGACGUUUCAUCGCAUAGUCGUACCGAGGGGUCACUUAAUGCUCGGAAAAAAUGCCAAAAAACGAAAACUGAACCGAAUCGAUUGCGAGGUUAGGUUUUAGGGACUGAUUUUUUUUCCUUGGAAAGCGCACCGCGAAAAUUUCCUCCUUUUCCCCCAUUGCCUCCUGCCCCCCGUCAAAUCCUGCAAGGAAGCGUCGUUCGGUGAAUGGAAGGCAAACUUGUUUACAUUUUAGUCUGUAAGCGAAACUGUCUGUACUCUACAGCAAGUAACAUUAAUAAAAGGUAACAACAACUGGUGAUAAUUUUUCCUCGUAAAUGUGUAGUGGUUGUUUUUUUUUAACUCUGGCGUAAAAAUGGUACGAAUAAUAGGAAUCUAAUUUCUCGCUUUUUACGUGAACAUUUUGAAAAUCUUUAGCUUGUAAGGUAAAAUUGGAAGCAACUUGUUUUUCUUUCCCUUUACUAACGCCUACUGAGAAAAAGAGAGCAAACAAUAAGAGCAGCAGGCCAUUAUUUUCCGGUCAUAUUUGUAGAGUAGGAUUUUAAAAAUCAAACCGUAUACAAUACACCAACAUAUUGCAUACGGAUACUGUAGGAGAGUAGCAAAGUAUUUAAGAAACGUCAAAACGAUAGGUUAGGAAUUGCCCCCUCCCCUUCACUCCUGAUCCUAGAGUUCUCUCCCCGCCAUUUUUGAGCGUGGGAAAUGCCGAUUUGACAGCAGAUUUUGACAGCUGGUGACAGGUUUAUUUCCGAGCAACAAUUGGAAGUCGAUUAACGGGAAUGCAUUUUCUUUUUGAGUUUUGUUUCGUUUUACACCAUGAAAAACCUCUACAAAACAAACAAUUGUAUGAAUGUGUGCGAGUGCUUGAGUAAUUGCUAUCAGAAUGGGCAAAAUUAAUAAGAUGAAGAAAAAAAAACUAGUGAAUAAGGCAAUAAGGCAAAAUCAACUUGAAAAUAUAAAAACACGAAAACACACACUAAGUCUUGGUUGUUAAACAAGGAUUAGAAGAGGGCAAACGUGAAGCGAAUUCCUUUGCUAGGCCGUUGUGGUCCCACGCCAUCGGGGGACCCCUCGGUGAAGAGAAACGUGAAAUAAUAUAAAAGCUAUGUUAAGUAAACUAAAUAAAAUUCAGCACUUUAAGAUCGUAUUGUAGAUUGUAAGCGGAAAAAACACACACACAAUGUUGACAUAUCCUUGUUUCUACUAACCUUUGAAAAGUAACAACUAAGUCCCCGCCCUCCCCUUAGAUGUCAGUAGAAUUAGUCGGCACUGCGCGAGGGGUCACAAUAAGUCAUGCACGGGUCGCCCGCUUUGAUUCGGGCUGGCCGAUCCAUUAUGUUAAUUCUUUAUGUUUAACCAAAUUUUAUCGCGACCUCGGGUGGACCCCUCGACGGAGGGGACCUCGAGAGAGGGUCGCACAUUUAAAAAGUAAAAUAAAAUACACUUCUCAGAUCAUCUGAUGAAAACACGUACAAAUGGGCAGCCCCAAGCAAAAGGGUGCGUUUUUGUGGUGUUGGACCCCUCAGCGGAUGUUUUCUUUCCUUGAAUUUUGAAACUAUAUAAUAAAAUAUAUAUAUCUCUAUUGAAAUAUGGAUAGUAGCAGGUUAGAAUCAAUGUACGUUUUUCCCUCCUAGCAGGUAAGGUGUCGUUUUUGUCCAGUUUAGUUUGAGAAAUGUUACGCUUUUAGUUAAAUUUAAUCUGCGAGCCCCCGGUUUACCCAAAUACUAUUGAAUAGACGUCAUGGAUACACGUUGAGUUAGAUCAGACCAUUCUCUCCAUAGAAAUGCAUACACACUAAAACGGAGAACAGUAGUAACGUAAACUGCAAUAUUUAAGCAACACGAUGCCCACAUCUCAUACAAAGCAAAGUAAACAAAAGCUCUUCCAGUACUGAGAACACCGAUACAAACAAAGGAAACCGUUACGUUGCAAACAAAUCUUGAGCAAGAUACCACUAAACACAAUUUAGUUAAUUCACCAGCAUAACUCACCCAGUGACACAUUACAUAUUACUAGCGAUUACCAAUGGGAAGCGAACAAAUACUAAAUGUACAAAUAAAAACAAAACUGGCAGCACUGUGACACGACACGCGAGUGACAGCGACAAAUAGAUGUACAAAAACUGAAAAUGAUUGUUCGCCGUCGUCGUCGCACCGAUACCUCAAAAUCAAUUCUGACGGCUGCCAUCAACUAUUCAGCAGUCAGCUGGCAACACUGCGUCCACAAAGAGAGCGCGCGCCUGCACACCAGCAAGCCCGUAGUCAAAGCUGUAAACAAAAACAAUGUGAUCCUAAGCUAGCGAAACAAACAAAACAAAUCGUGAAACCCUCAAGUACAACUUGAGACACACAGGUGACACCGGAGCUACCUCAGCCACGCGAAAGAGAGAAAGGGAGAGAGGGGAGAGAAUAGUGAAAUGAUUAAAACAAUUGUUGACUAAUGCUGUGCCACAAAGAGAGAGCGAGAGAGAUAAACAAAUGAUUGUUUAUGCAAAAAAAAAACACAAAAUAGGAGAGAGAGUAAAACAAAUACAAACCCACACAAACAAACAAACAAAACAAGCCAGAAUACCUCAGGAAUAGACGAAAACAACAACAACAACAGCGACAACAACACGGAACGAACCGUCAUCCAAUCAAAGCAAGGCCUGCUGCGCGUGCAAGCGCACGCACGCUCCCGCUCUCAUCAAACGUCAGUUUUGACAGCUACGGACAGUGUUGCCAAGGGAAAUCAGGGAACAUGGCGCGCCAAUUAGUCACUCUUACGCGCCCAACUUUUACGCGCGUUUCAAAUGAUUGUUUCAAACGCGCAGUACUCUAUUGUCAUUAAUUAUUAUGGGGUAAGUUUAGAAAUCGUCUAGCUGUAGUUCACUUUAAUCGCUAAACUCAAAUUUGCUAUUACAACUUUGUUUACGGUACUGGUUUUUUAGUGGCAAUCACGGCAAGAAAAAAAAAGCAAAACUAAACAAGUAAAGCAACAUUAUAGUUCUAUCUUCCAUCCCUCCAGUGCAGUGUUAAGACGAACGUGUUUUUCGUUUUCAUUUGUUUUGCCAGUUCUGUUUGGCGAGCAACCGCGCGGCAAAUCUUUAAAUCUAUUAAAUUAAUUCUUACAAAACAAGGAAAGAUUUAAACAAAUAACACAAACUACCUUUCAUAUAUUUCUAAAUCAAGAACGAAAACAAACUAAAGUAAUACUAAACUAUAUUAUUAAAUGAAAACAAAACAAGCUUCAAGUACAAAUUAAAUAAAAUAUAUCAAGUUAAUUUCUCUCUUGUGUCCUUAGUUCGAUUUGUUUUCCCCCCUCAUAAUAUUAUUGCUCUAUCUUAACUUAACUAACGCUAAAUUGUUUCCCCCCUCCGGAAUAAAGUACUGUAAUCAUGUUUGAAACUUCUUAUAAGGAAAAAAACAAAGCAAAUUUUUAAGCGAUUUAGUCGAUGUUGAAUAGGGAAUAGGUUUUUGUCUUUGCUAAACCAAUAUUUAAAACGCUGAAAAGAACACAAACAACAAAUACAUCUCUGGGUUACGUAAGCAAACAAUAGGAUCAAAAUGUAUAGAAAAGAAAAGCACUGCUCGAAAUACAACCAAGUGAGUGAGUUUACUACUACUGUGGUUUACAUAACCAUACUCUAAUACAUGCAAAUUGAGCUCUGAAAAUGAGAAGACGUCAGUCCCGAUCCUCUAAAAGAUAAAAAAUAUACAUAUAAAACUUGCAAACCAACUAACAACUAGUGAUAGUCAAUAAGUUUAGCUUGUAGUAGUGUAAAUUUGUCGGAUUUUUCCUUAAGUGUAUAAAACAAACAAAUAGAGAGAGAACGAGAAUGCAAAUUGAAAGAGAGAAAUCGAGCGCGAGUGAGAGAGAGAGGCUACAGAAAAGUUUGUGGAGAAAUGUAAUUUUGAUUUUUGUUUUGAUUUCUCUUUGGCACAAAUACACGUCCUUAAUUUUGUGAGGAAAACAAACAAAAAAUCGGCAUUCGAAAGUCACCCCCAAAUCUCUCCAAAAGCAUUAACACACCUCUUUAGGAUCGACUGUGUAGUGAUUAGGGCUGUAAAAGAAACAACUUUUUUGUAUUAGAAGGGUAUAAAUUAAGCAUCGUAGGUCCACGGACAAGAAACCGUAUUUUUGUGAUAUUUACUGUGUUUUUCGGGGUCAAAAAAAACUGAGAAGGGAAAAUCAAAUCAAUAAGUGAAAACUGCCAUUUUAAAUCGAAAACAUACGAGGAAAACAUAAAUUAUUGCCACGGUAAAAAUUUAAAAUAAAUCACUUUUGUUGUUUGGAUCAACCAUUGCCAAAAAUCAUGAAAUACUUCAUUCUCGAAACUGAUUUAACCUAAAAUUUGCGUUUGAAACUGUUUUCAUCACCACCAAAGAAUCGGCACCUCUUCGGGAAGAAAAAAGCAAAUACAAAACGAUCAAAACGAUAUGGUCCAAUCGAACUGGGUAAGGAAAAGAAAGCGAGAGAGAGAGCAAUAGAGCGAGCGAGCAGCGGAAGAAACGAGAACGGUCUAAUUGAUAAGAAACAAUCACAAAAAAAAAAAAAACAAAAAUAUUAACGACAGACAUACAGGCUGGUAUGUGGACCAAAUCGGAGUGUGAAACUACUUCAAGCGAAUGAUCUCCUGAAAAAAUCGUAACGAGAACAAAAAAUCCUUUGCUUUGGCAGCACGGUCACUGCAGCGCUGGGAGGUUUUUGGCAAACUGUCAAAUUUUGCGUACACGCUGCGGAGGGGUUACUCAGUUAAUUUGGGAAACAACUUGGCAGAUUGAUAAAUUUGACAGUGGGUUGUCAUUUCCACCUUCCAGCUGCACCAGCUCCAAACAUUUCUAUCUUCGCGAAAAGCAAUAAUUUUGAUUAGUAUUUUUUCGAUUUUUGUUGAUUCCACUUAUUCUACCCAUUCGUCUCAAUUGACAAGCAAACCGUUAAGAAAAAAGAAGAGCAUUUAAAUUAAAUAUACAUUUCAAAAUCGGGGAAAACAUGAUAAGAUAAAGAAAAACAAAACCACAUUAAUAGACUAAAUUUUUUGCUAGCACGAGUAACAUUCUAAAGUAAAACAAAGGUGGAAAAUUUAUCAAAAAUUAAACUAGCGAUCAUUCCCUCGAGAACUCUUCCCGGUAUCAGCAAAGAACAAGGUCGAAACUCCCUAUUUAACAGCAUACCCUGCCCUCUCCCCAUGUCUGUAUUUCCAAAUUGGUAAAAUGCUAGAGAAUAAAAAGAAUAUUAAAACACGAUGAAACAACACAACACCCAUACAUAAGAGGAAAAGAGAAGACUGGAACGGUUUUUUAAUCGAGACUAAGUAAAUUAAAGGGAAGAUUGCGAGCAAGCACACACAAACUUAUAUUUAAACAACAUCAUAAAAAUAAAAGGAAAUAGAGAAAGAGAGAGAAAAAGAAGCUGGGCUGGAAAUAUUUGAGGUGAAGGCAUUUUAAUCCAAUAUUUAUAUCCGUAGAAUCAUUAAACAAGAAAAUGUUCGAUAUAGUGAAAAUACAGAGGAAAAAAAUCAAGCAACUGGUGAUAAUGUAAACUUUCUUAAAUGAAAUAUUCCCGUUUCCUUCCAACCGUAAAAAAAAAACAAAUCAUUUCCUUCGAUAUGACAAUUAAAUAAAUGGAUGAAAAUUAGAUCAAAUGUCAGAUAACAAACUCUCACGAAUACCCUCACAAACUCAGCUAACAAGUAAUCACACACUUGAGUAGUAGUUUAACUGAAGUAUUGUAAGAAAACAUAAAACUUGAUGUCGGUAGAUACUUUUUUCCUAGCAUAUUCAGAUAAUCCAGCAGAACCUCAAAACGAAACAGCAAAAGAAAAGUCUAAACAAAAACCAAAAUCAGGAAUCAAAAUCAUGAAAAAGCAAAGAAAACAACGCACACAACUUUUGAGCAACUUCCAGCAUGCAAGCUAGAACCUCACGAAGCCCAACAGAAUUUCUCUACUCGUAUUAGAAGUUUGUGGCACACACACGGUUGCCACCGAUUAUAAGCAUAAAUAAGCAAAUAAUAAAUGUAAACACGAAGGAAGCAAGUUAGCGAAAAAAAAGUAACAGAAAAAAAACAGAACUGAUGAAGAGACUUUAAAUGAAAACAACACUGACUAAUAAGAAAACGCAAAUGCAACCACAUUUAAAUUAUAAACAAUGGAAGAUAUUUACUUGAUGAAAUGAAAAAAAUAUACAUAUAUAUAUACUCUUUGAUGAUCGGAAGCAGACACUCAGAUUAACUUAGUAGAGAAGACUAGAACAAAACAGAAAUGAUGAAAAAAUCCAUACUAACAUCUGAAAUUGCAUGUGUUUCAAUCGCUGUCACAGCCUUCUAACAUCAUAAUCGGCAAAAUAUCAACAAUAUAAGAAGACCUUUUGCAGCGGGCACGACUGUCUGAAGAAAGAGACGGAAAGAGUUUGAUCGCCAAUCGGGAAGGAAAUCGGAAAAAGGAAUCGAAUAACUUUUUUUUUAAAUUUUUCAAUCUCUCCUCACAACUUUUCAAUUUUUCAUGCUCACCACACCCACACUCACAUUAAUACACACCACACUAUAUAUUGUAAGGACCGUUCGUUUCGAGUGAGUAUGCGUGAGAGAGCGUGAGUGAGCGAAUCAUCACACAUCUAAUUUUAUGUCAUUGUAGCGAUACCAAUACACACAUACAUACAAACAAAUAUGAAACAAAACAAAAAGAGAGAGAGAGAGACAAAGUCCUAAACAAAAACGAAACUUGCAAGAGCAAGAUGAUUAAUCACUGUUUAAUUUAACUAAUGUUAAGCGAUGAAAGAAACAACUUUAAAAACUAAAAACUAACCCACUAAUCCAAAACAGACAAAAACUCACACAUUAGUUGAUAGGCGCAAAGGCAAAGCUCUAGAUGUAUUAGAUAACACAGCACGAACUAUAUUCCUAUACGUAUACUUUACCUAGUAAGGAGAAGCCACGCACGCACACAUUUGUCCCCCAUCCCCGUUGUAGUUUUAAAACAAAAACAAAACAAACAAAGCUUACGCCAUUUUGUUUCCGCGAAUAUUAAAUACUAUAAAUCACCAUUUUGUCAUGACAAAAGCAAAACACAAAAGGGAGAGCGUAGAAAUAUCUAAAUGUUUACACUAGCAAACAAACAAACAACGUAACUAUCGAUAAACAAACCUUUUGUUUACAUUGCGAAACAACGUCUGCCACAAUGUCACUGCCCGCGGCGGCCGAAACGAACACAAACAAACGAACAAAACAAAAACAUUGAUCGAUGAAAACUGUGAUUUUUCCCCUAUUGUUGGCAGCAGUGCUGUCAAAUUGGCCAAAAUCAAACACAGCUUCGAGUAAACUUCGCGCAGCGUGUAAGGAUUUGCAGUUUGAGAACAGUGUUGUCAAUUUUAAGAGUUUUGAUUUCAAUUACGAAUAAAAAAAAGAGGUAACUCAAGUCUGUGAAAACAUGUUGAGUGACGCGUCAAAUCUUGCUUGAUUUGGUGCUGAACUGAACGUCUGUUAUUUGGCUACCAAAUCGUACUGUAAUGUGAUUUUGAAACCGAAUUGUGGGUGCACCCUUGGAGAACUAAAACUACUACUGACAGCAAAUUGACAGAUGAAAGCUGAUGACAACUGUGACGACUAAUCCUCAUGCAACCCGAUCAUAAUGAUUACCUUUUUUGGCAGGCUUUGUCGUGGGCAAAUAGAUUGCACACCACCAUACCGGUCAAAAAUGGUUAAUACAAAAUUUAAUUAGUUUUUAAUGUUUACUUUAGACAGUUAUUAUUCAUUCUUAUGUGUGUGUUUUUCAAACUAAUUCAUUGCAUGGAGUUAAAAAUGUGUGUUUUGAAUCCAUCCAAUAUCUGGAAAAUCUCGAUCAAUCAGUCUCCUACUUAACAUUUCCAACACAAACUUAAACUAUUCCAGCGUUUUCUGUGUGCCGUAUUUCAUGUUUUUUCCUCGGAGUGAAUAAAAAAAACAUAAUAAAAAAACAAAAAAAAAGAAUUAGGCUUAACGACCAUUCAAAAUUCUGUGAUUCAUAAACAAAAACUGUGAAAAAUUUACAUGAGAUUGGUGUCUCAAAAGGCAAAAAACAACAUAUAAACAAGCUAAGCGAGCAACUUUCCACUACAGAAAUAAAGAAUAGAGUCUAUAAUUUGUAAGUUUUGUUCCUGCUUUGGAAAUUCAUUCAGUUAGUUUGCUUAACUAUUAUUAGUUUCCAAAACACUCUUGAUAAAGCGCACUCGUUCAGAACGAAAGUGAUUGGAAUAUCUGUGAAAUUGUCUAAUUUGGCAAAUUAUUAUAUUUUUUUAAAUUUUCAAGCGUGUUAUUUUUGAAACUUUUCAAAAUGAUUUGAUUGAGUUGUAAACUCAUGUUUUUUUUUUGUUUUCAAAAUAAAAUUAAUUAUUAUUCUUAUAAAAUACUUUCAAUCAGUGUGAUAAGUGCUUCUAAAGCAAAUUUAAACAUUUUACCAAAAUUGCCUUUGACAAAAUGUUUUCAAAAGUUUUCUUCUGUGAUUGCAAACUUUGGCUGUCAAAAUUGUGAUUAUUCAAAACCGUUUAAAACGGAUCGAAGUGUGAUAAAUUUAUAUUGAUCUUUUCAAUCUUGUUUUAUAUGAGGUUUUAACAAUUUUUUUUGUCACCUUGUGUUUUUGAAUUCAAUUUUUUUAUUCUUUUAUAUUGAUAUGAUUGAGUUAUAAACUCAUGCCUUUAGAUUUUUUUUAAAUUUGACAUGCAAAACUUUUUAUUAUCGUUUGGCAUUUUAUGAUUUAUUUACAAUCGAUGUGAUAAAAGCUUAUGAAGCAAAUUCUAACAUUUAAUCGAAAGUUGCUUUUGAUAAAAACUUUUUCAAACGUUCAAUACUGUGAUUUGAUACUUUGGCUGUCGAAAUUGUGAUCAUUCAAAAUCGUUCAAAACGAAUCCAUGUGUGACUGAUUCUUAUUGAUAAUUUUCUGUCUUGUUUUCUGUGCUGUUUUUAUUUUCGAAUAAAUUUUCUUGCAUUUUAAAGGUUUAGAAUUUAAAAAAAUGUUUUUUUACCAAUGCUUUUGUUUUAAUAUGCUUGAGUUGACUCAUGUUUUUCAAUCAUUCAUUUCCAAAUCAAUAACUUAUUUGUAUCCUUUUGAUUAUUUUGAUUAAAUUUUUUGUAAUUAAUGUGAUAAAUGCUUGUAAAGCAAAUCCAAUAAUUUUAACCACGUAGGCUUUGAACAAAUGUUUUCAAAAGUUUAUUUCUGUGAUUCGCGAAUUUGGCUGUCAAAAUUGUGAUGAUUCAAAAUCGUUAGAAACGAAUAAAAUGUGAUCGUUUUUCUCAUCUCUUGCUUGUUUUUUGACUGUUGCGAGCAUUGAAAAAUCAAAUCGUUGUUAACGAUUUUUCAAAAAUAUUUUUAAUUUGUGAUUGAAAUUCCAAAAUUUGUGAAAUCGUUCUGAACGAAACCAACCAUCUUCAAAAUCUGUGAUUAAAUUUUUUUGCACUCAAAAAAAAUAAUUGAGCCUGUGAUAGUGUUUAAAGCACACUAUUUCAAAACGCAUAUAAUUUUUCUACUAAAACACGGAAAAUGUUUGAAGAAAAAAAAUUAAGUGUUUAUUCAACACAAUUUAAAUUAUUUUCUUACAUUUAAAAUGUUUUAGUUCAAAAUUAUCAACAAGUUGUGUUGAUUUCCUAACUCAAAACAAAAUAAACACAAUAAAAAAGCUGUGAUAAAAAUUUACACAAAAAGCACUUUUUCAGUUUUUGCAACAUUUUCUUAACAUCUAACUGUCACCAAUAAGAAAUAAAAUCUUUUAGUUGCAGCGAAGCAAAAUUCAAAACCAUAUGAAAAAAUAAUAAUUUCCACUUAAUAUAAAACAUCUUUGUUUUAUUUUCAUCUAAAUUUAACAACAAUAUUUUUGUUCCGAAAAAUCUGCACUAACGUAUAAAUUGUGAUAGUUUUUAAAACACAUAAAAUUGGCUCACUGUGAUACCAGCAACUAAUGAUAAGCGUUUGAACAAAAUUUGGCCAUUUCUAUUCCAUAUGAUUAAAUACAAAACAAAAAUAGUCUUCUGUUGCAUUCCAAAAUUCAAAGUGUUUUUUUCUGUUUUGUGUGCUAGUUUUUAAGGAAAUUAAAAAAAAAUUGAGCAACCUUUUGAAACGAGUUUUGACGAAACGCUCCAGGGUAAUCUGACGAACUCGUUUCAAAAUUUGUUCAAAUAUUAGAUACUAGACAUUGUAUAUAACCAAACCCAUUCGAAUACCGUUUGCAUUUAUAGUUAUCGUACUUAAAAAUUGGCUUUGCAUUGUAUAGUUUUUGCAUGCUUAUCGAAAUCGUUUAGUUUUUUUUUUUUUAAUCUGCCAUAUUGACGACAUCCAAGUGACCAUCAUUCUCCUGUCUCUCAGAGGCGCUGGAGCAGAAAUCCCACGUUAGAGGAAGGCCAUGCCCCGGGGGGCGUAGUGCCAAUAGUUUCGUUUUUUUUUAAAGUGACCAUCGACGUUUCGACCCAUUUGACGCGAACACUUCUCCAAGGUUCACACUGCACAAUUUUCCUCCCCGUUAUCAUUCCUGACCAAGUCCAAGCAAUUGAAAAUCAAAAUUCUAACCUAAAAUUACCACACAAAAAAAAACAACGUACUCGCAGUCUGUGAAAGCGGAAAACGUUUGAAAAGAUUAAGCACGUUUUUUCUUAACCCUGUUCAAUUUUUAAACGAACUUUAAAAGUUUUACCUACAAUUGUGUGGAGUAAAAAGUACGUACUCCGAUUUUCUGUUUGUGUUUGUAGCAUUUUAAGACAAACCUUUCGGCGUAAUUACUUGCAUCAAAAUUUAGCUAAUAAGUCAAAAAAAUUCAUUAAACAUUAAGUGUGUUUUUGACAAAACUUUUUUCAGUGUGUACUAGUCUGUAAGCUUGAAACCAAAAAUUAAAAAAAAAAUCAUUCGGCAUACUUUAACAACUCUAAAUUUUUAAGGUGUGAUUAGAUUUUAAGCGACACAAAAAGCACAUUUAAAUUGUAGAUACUUUUUUGGGAGUUCCAAUUGGCAUUUAACUUUCUUUCGGUGUAAAACUAAGUUAAGGCGGCGUUGAGUUGCUCUCAUUAAAAGCACCGACUUUGGAAAGUGACAUUGUGGCAGAGAAAAACACUACUUUUCUUGUAAAUGUAAACAAAGCAGCGUAACAACAAGCUAACUUUUUGCUUUACGUAAAACAAGAAAGAUGCGAUUGUUUAGACUUUCUUGGCAUUGUAAAGAAGUGGAGCGAGAGAGAGAGAGGAAACGUUUCUUGACCGUUUAUUGUAGAAAGUGAAGGAGAGGGAAAGAUCACAAAUGCAAACACAAAUUUAAACGAAAGAGUUGGAGCAAGAGUGGGAAGCAGAGAGAGAGAAUUUUUUAUAUGAAGAGUCCUUUUUACCAGAAUACCUCAUUAGUGAAUUUUCGUUUCAUGUUUUUUCUGUUUUAUUUUAUAAAAUAAUAAAUUUGAACACAGUGGAAAGAGAUCGAAGAAGGCGAAGGAUUUUUACAAUAUAUUGGAAACGCAAGUACACUGAACGGGAAAUGCAAACAAAGGAGUGGAACUCACACAAACACACAAAACUCACAAACACAAUGAAACUGUAGAAUAGAGCAAAGCAAAAAAUUAAGCGCUGACUUUGAGCAAACUGUUAUUUAGUUCAUUUUGUUUGACGUUUGAGCUUAGGGGAAUGUCACUAUCGUGGCCUACUGUGACCUGCAUAGAAACUUGACCAAUCGCACCUUUUUUCCCUUGGAAAUCCCAAGUGGUGGCAGUGUUGCCAGUUGUGGAUUAUUUUACUUUUGGUUUUCGUUAUUUUUGCAUUUUUCAUUUGUGCUUGUACCGGAACUAACUUUUUCUCAUAUCAUAGCGAAUAACGUCAGGCACCCUCCUUCGGUGAGAAUGGUAAAGCAACACGUGUACGAUUAGUUAUAUUCUAAGUUUUUAAUGCAAUUACACACACACAUACAUACAUACAUACAACGCCACGAGCAGUUUGUGUUUAGUUCUAAUUUAACUAAAUGUUUACGUCUUAAUUGUGAGUUAUUACACCUAGAGGUAUGAACUUUUGAGAAAAACAUUUAUGAAAACGCAAGAAAAAUUGUUUUUGUAUAAAUACUAGAGCAUACAAUAAUAACUACUAUUAAAUAUGACAUUAAAUGCAUCAUCCUUUCAUUGAGAGUACAAAUUGUUUUCUUUUUAUUUUUAAUUAUUAUUCAAACAAGUAUAACAAAUAUAUAAUUACACUACUAUCAAAAGUGGAACCUAUUAUUACUUAAUGCAAAUUAAAUGAAACUCUAAGAUAGAAUUAAUUUUUUUGAGCGCUCCUCAUUCUUAAGAAAUAAAAGUUAUCGUAAAACUGUUUUAAAGAGCAAACACACAACACACACACACAUAAAUAUAAACCAAGCAAGCAAAACUUUGUUUGUUUUCCCUAAGUUACGAUACAUGCUGAAAAAAAUAAAUGGCGAUGGCGUUGAAGCGAGAAAGAGCAUUCUUUUUCUUAGAAUUACUACAACUUGUAUCUCUAGUGAAACUAAUUUAAUCAAUCGCAUUACGUCUUUUAUUAUAACUUGUAAACAAAAUCAUAGAAAAGCGUUUAGUUAAUUAUAUUUAAUCUCCCCCACGCGCCCUCUUUAAACCAAUACAAACUCUCUUAAAGCAUUAUAGUCUUAUAAUCACUUUUAUUUUAAUUUUUUUGCCCUCCCCCUACCCACUAUUUUUAUUUUGUGUAAAAUCCCAAAGCGAAAAGCGAUUAUAAAUAUAUAUUUUUUAUUUUGUUUGUUUUGUGAAGUUUAUUUUAGUGAAAUAUACCAGAUUAUCAUUUUUUUAAACCUGUUUUUCGAACUUGCAUUAUGUGUUAACUUCUGCGUGAUUUUCGAGAUUCUGUUUCGCAACGAGAGGGUCCUAAGUUUGUUUUCUUUAUUUUGUUUUCUUGUUUGAGUACCACAAUUCGCAAGAAGGAAAGAGAAUGCGAGAGGGAGAGGGAGAAUAAAGAGAGGAAGGAGAAGAGCAGAUACAGUGUACCUUUUUCAGAGAAAGAACAAACUAACAAAUUAUAUCUUUAAAUAAAGCAAACAUACAAAAAACUACCUAUUAUCUUAAUGUGUUUUAUACUAUUGUAACGGAUGUAAACUAAGUUUAUUUGAGGACAAUUUUGAGUAAAAGGGAAGGAGCUAUUCUGGUUGUUGUUAAAGGACUAUUUCUUUCUUUGGAAGUAACGAAAAUCUCGCUGAGCAAGAUUACGUUUAUGUUUUUGACAGGUGGUGACAGAUUGUCAGACAGAGAGCCGUCACAGUGACGUUCGCUGAAAUUUGACAGUGCUCACACUCAUUGGAAAGUCACUUUGAAGGCCCUCUUUUGAACGGAAUUUUGUCACAAUUAGCAGAAGGAAAAGUUAGUGUUCCUUGUCUCUCAAUCGGAUCGCAUUUUUUGUAGAAAUCAUCAAAUUAGAUGUCCCUUAAAACUCACCAACACUCAUCAUCAUCAUUAAUGAAAAUCUCGCGUGUGAAUGUCGAACACUACCCAGUUGAGUGAAAAAAAUAAUUAAAAUGCAAAAUUCGAAGCUAAACUGUCGAAAAUAAUACAUAAAGCUUGAACCUUUGGUUACAUACACACAAAACAAACCAACUGUAUUUCACCCUUCCUCAAUGCGAAACGCAAAUCACACAAAACAGAUACAAAUUGACAAACAAAAUAAAAAGAAAACAAAACCAGUGUACAACAUAGACAAAAUAGAGGUUUUUAAGACAAAUUA